CAGAUGAGUUUCUAAAAUAUUUCACAAGACUCUACCUUAGAACAUUUAUUCUGGGCUUGGUUGUUAUUUGAUCUUGCUGUACUGUCUUCAAAAGUUCUCCUGUUCAUGCAUAUUUACCUCUUUCACCGAAUAGGUGCUUUCUGCUGAAGAUGUCAAGUUACUCGCGGCUUCUGGCUGAUAUUGUACGGUUACUGGACAAGUUUGAUCCUCAAAAUAAUGACCCUGAUCACUUUGUACGUGAAGCAGCGAACAGCUAUAAGGCACGAGGUGAGGUUGAGCAGACGUUCCUGGUGGAAGUCCUGUCAGGCUGCUUAUGUCACAGACCACUGCUCGAUGUAGUAGUGAAUGGAUUUUACAUUAAGGAUGGAAAGAACUUGCUGAGAGUGGACUACAAUCUGUUUGUGGUUAUGUGCUAUCUCGCCACUUUUCGGCUGAACGAAUUGGGCCUCAAACACUUCAGCAAACUUAUCAAUUCGCAGGAUAUGAACAAAAUGCAUAAGUUCCUUACAUUCUUCUUUGAUGCUCGGAACCUCAAUACGUGGAUUAAAGAUGAGUGGUGCCAGGUAUAUGAUGUAGCCUAUAUAACAGAGAAACUGAUUGAUCCUCUGCUAAGGUGGCAGCCAGAUAUGCAGAUCAUCAUUGACCACUUGGCCAAUAUACUUGCAAAUAAAGUUACCCAUAAAAAGGAGAGUCAGCCUGUAUCAGUACCAAGUGAGUUUAACAUCACCAAGCCCAGACCACGAGCCAUUCCAGUGCCUGAAGAAAUUCCGCAGCUGCAAGUACAGACAAAGGUUCCCAGAAGCACGUAUGACCCUCCGAGAGAGGAGAAGCUGCUGGAAAAACUGAAGAGGAGAAAUCGCCAAAGAGCUGAGGAACAUCUCUUGGAAGCUAACGCUGACCAGUUCCGAUGUGCCAUCCCGCAGGAAUCCAGCAAGAAAAAGCGCGUAUUGUCUGAAAUUAUGAAGGAGAAGGAGGCCAAGAUAAAACCGAUUCUUUACAAAGCACGGCACAUCCCCCAACAGAUAACUGAAAAUAUUCCAAUAAAAAUGAACACAGCUGCCAUCUUGAGACAAAAUGUCCUUUACCAACGGAAAGUGAAAGAAGAUCUCCAAAGAAUUGACCAGAUCCUGGAAGGGGGCCAGGAUCCUGCCACGUUUGAGGAAUAUCAGAAACAGAAGAACGAGGAACUAAUGGAACAACAACUGGCGGAUAUAGAACGCCGUCGGCUUCAAGAGAAGAUCUUCUUCGAAGAGCUAAUACUGGCACGUGAAGCGAGAAUUGAGGAGAAACGACAGCAAGCAGCUCAGCAGAAAGAGGAGGCAGCAGAAUUGAUGCAGAGGUACAAGGAAAUGCAACUCCAGGGAGAGAAGGAGGCGAAAGUGAAGGUGGAACAGGUGAUAAAAGGCCACCAAGGCACAAAGGAACAAAAAAGGAAAAUUCAGGAAAGCAAAAGGAAAAUGGCUAAGGAAAUGAAUAAGGAAAUGGCAGAAAUACUUCAGCAGGUCAUGGAGGAGUCUAAUGAAGAGAUUAGGAAAAAGACACAGCAGAUCCGUGAGAUCCGUACAAGGCAGGCAGCGCUGACAAUGAAACAUAACUUCCUAGAUUUAUCCAAACCAACAGGUCAUAACCUUCUGGAUGAGAUGUCAUUACUGGAGUUACGAGAACGCUUGGGCUUACUGAAGGAGGCUCAGGUUAAGGAAGAAGAGGAGAAGAGGAGGAGGAUUAUUAAUGAAAGACAAGCAAAGGAGCAGCUCCUUCUAGAUAAACUGGAACAGAUCUCCUUGAACAGAGAAGCCUUGAGCAAAAAAGCAGUUCUCAGGCACAGAGAGGAGGAAUUGAAGAAACUCAAGUUGUCCAAACUUACCUCAGGCGACCAGCAGUUAGUUGAGCUCCGGAAUAAACUGGAAGAAAAGAAAAGGGAACAUCAUCAAUUGAUAGAAACGCACAAGAAGAAGACUCAAGAAAAUCUGCAAAGAGUUCAAGGCCCCAGGGCUUCAGAGAGGAGAGCAACUGAAGAGCGUUGGUGGCGGAACCUGGAGGAGGGCCGCGAACGCAAGGCCCAGCUGCUUAAUCUCCAUGCAGAAGUGAGUCAGAAAGCAUCCUAGCUACAUGGAGCUCUGUGGAUUGAGGAAACAGAAGACAUUUACCUCAAAAAGUCAAGCUCUGCAAACUAAAUCCAAUGGUAUCUUUAAAGAAGCAAUGUUACUUAAUUAUCCCAAGAAGUAAUGAUAUUCCCAAUAAAAGU